CGUUGUGCCGUCAAUUGCAGGAGACUCUCCCGGAAGAUUGGCUGCAACGGCUCUUGAUCUCAUCUCUGCUGCGAAGUCUGUCGGUCUGUACUCUGCCUGGCUCGAGAUUUAUCAACGACAAAAUGAUGACCUUCCGCCCAGCUGGACUUCUGUUCGUGGCUCUUGCCUGCGUUAUUCUCGUCACUGUCCAUGACACGGAGGCGGCGCCGUCGUGCGGGCCGACCAGAACCCAUGUCGACGCGUCCACCUGCAAGCACGGCACCGUGGAGGACUGGUGCCGUAACCGCGUCUGCGCCAAGGGCCCCGGCGAGGAGUGCGGCGGCGAGUGGGGCGAACUCGGCAAGUGCGGCGGCGGCAUGUACUGCUCGUGCGGCUUCUGCUCCGGCUGCAACACCAACCUGGAGUGCUGGUUCGGCCACUUCUGCUAGGCGGGUCCAAGGGCCGCCUCACCGUCGAGCUGAACGUGGGCCGGCCGCCUCGGGUCCCGCUCGGGCCCCUUCCAUCAGGCAGGAAUGGAGGGCCUCGUCAGGUCGCCCACUAAAAGCGCUCUCGGUGGCGACCUUCUCACUACAGUA